AUGCCAGUUUAAUAGUUAAAUAAGUAAACGUUCUGUGCCGUGAGAUAUUCAACUGCCUCAAAAUGUUUCUUUCCACGCUAAUCAUAUAUUUUAUUUGCGCUAUCCUACUUUUCUAUAGUUUUCCAAAGAUCAAGGAAACCAUCAGAAAUUAUAUACUGGUGCAUAAACUGGACGGACCUCCCAGAUCUAACAUAGUAGUCGGAAAUAUUACGUGCAUACAAGGAACACCAGAAAAAAUAUUCACUACAUUAAGAGAACUGGCGCAAAAUUUUUACCCCGUUUAUAAAAUAUUUUCGGUUUAUAAAGGAACCGCCAAUCUUGUGAGUCCUGAAGACUGCGAGUUAAUUCUUUCCAAUUCUGUUCAUAAUGAAAAAGGAUACAUCUAUAGACUUCUCCACAGAUGGCUCAAAUUUGGACUUUUAACUAGUAACGGACAAAAAUGGCAAAGUAGACGAAGAAUCUUAACACCUGCUUUCCAUUUUAAUAUUUUACAAGAGUUCAUCUUGGUGUUCAACGAAGAAACAGAAAAACUAGUACAAGAAUUGAAAAAGGAGUGUAAAAAGUCUUACAUUAACAUCACCCCGCAUAUAACACAGUUCACCCUAAAAACAAUCACAGAAACCGCCAUGGGAACAAAAUUGAAGUUCGAAACCGACAAAGAAAAUCGUUAUAAACAAGCAAUCUACGACGUUUGUGACAUCCUCUUGUACAGAUUAACCCAUCCAUGGUGCGUGGAAGACGCAGGCAACGUUGCCUUCAACCCCAGAUUCCUCCAAGAACGUCGAAAAAUAAGAAUUCUGCACCAAUUCACCAAAGAAGUGAUCCAAGAAAGAGAAAAGAAUUUCAGCGACAUCGAGCUACCAAAAGAAGAACACGACGUCUACAAAGGCAAGAAACGUCUAGCUAUGCUAGAUCUUCUUCUUUCAGUCAAACGCAACGAAGGAAGCAUCGACGACGAAGGAAUCCAGGAAGAAGUGGACACUUUCAUGUUCGAAGGCCACGACACAACGUCUAUGGCCCUCGGUUUUACUUUAAUGCUUCUAGCGAACAACAAAAACGCCCAAGAAACCAUCGUACAAGAAAUGAGGGAAGUACUUGGUGACAUUCACAAGAAGCCCACCUACAACGAACUUCAAAACUUGAAGUAUAUGGAACGAUGUCUUAAAGAAAGUCUUCGGUUGUACCCUAGCGUGCACUUUAUUUCGAGAAACUUAGGACAAGACUUGAAAACUCACACAGGUCAUUUGCUCCCGAAAGGGUUGACCGUGAUUCUGCAUAUUUAUGACGUUCAUCAUAACCCUGAUAUUUAUCCUGAUCCUGAGAAGUUUGAUCCCGAUCGGUUCCUUCCUGAGAACUGUCAAAAUCGGCAUCCGUAUGCCUACUUACCCUUUAGCGCUGGACCUAGAAACUGCAUAGGGCAGAGAUUCGCCAUGUUGGAAAUGAAGGCUGCCCUAUGUGGCGUCUUAAGCAAUUUUGUUUUAGAACCGAUUGAUUCGCCGGAGACUAUUGUCCUUGUCGUUGAUAUUGUUCUAAGGACUAAAGAGGGCAUAAAGGUCAGGUUUGUGCCACGUAAAGAAGAGGGCGACCUUAUCAGCUAAAAUAAUAACAAGAGUUGUUUUAUAAUUAUACAAGUACGCAUUGUUUUUUUUUGUUAUCACUAAAGUGCAAGUUGUUAAUAAAAAUAUGUAAAAAUUUA